AUGGGCUGCGGGUCGUCGCGGACUUCGCAGACCACGGCAACUACAAGCCGGGCGCUCAUCAAGCACCGAUUCGACUCGGGCAGACCGUCGUACUUUGAGGUGCUCGGCGCGGCAGCUAGGGCCAUCUAUGCAGAGUCGGGCGCAAGAGACCUGUCGGUCGAUGAGCUGAACAACCUGGAGAUCGAUCUGGUGUUCUUUGACCAGGACGGAGACCCUAUUCUCAUCUUUGAUGAGGCCUCGUGGCUGCUGGCUUUGGAUGACGCCAAGGCCAUGGCGUCGCGGGCUGCCACAAGUCGUGAUCUUGCUCGCAAAGCACCCGCAUCGCCGCAGCGCUCGCGCCCGCCUACGCUGGUCUUGGAGGUUCGAUUCUCGUCCAAGCGCCGCAGGUCUAAACGGCUCACCCGCCUCGGCUCAGGCCGAUCGCGAGCCGGACGAAGCUCGCCGGCACCUGCGCUCUCGCCGGUGCUCGAGGCCAAGAGCAACACACAUGCAACCAGUAAGAGCGGCGAGGACUCGUCGCCGAGCUCGGGCUUUCUGCCUAGCGCGGCGCUACCGCCGCGACCACCGGGACGGGCGCACGGCUUGGGCUCGUCGUCGUCGUCGGUUGGCAUCAUCUUGCCUGUGCCUUCCAGCAACGGGCCGGUGGUACCUGUCGAGAUGACCAGCACUUACUCGAUGGCCUCGGGUGAGUCGCGGGCGGUGGAGAUUGACGAGCCGUCGACGCCGUCGCAGACCAGUCCGCCGACGGCGGCGGUUGCUCCAAGGCCGACCACCUUUGGCGACCGGACCGGUGUUGAAGGUGGCGACCUCUCGUUUGUCCACAUCACCAAGCAUAUUUCAUCACCAGAGGUCUCAUCCGCAUGUGACGAGGUGGUGCUGGCGUCGGCCUCUGAGUGUCGCACGCCGACCACGCCGCUGCCCGAGCGCUCACCGCGGAUGCGGCCAUCGCCGCGGACGCUGGUACGUGGCACUCGGGCAAGUCCACGGAUGACCGCGGCAACAGGCGUCAUGGGCUCACGUCCGCUGGAUUUGGGCGAGAAGAGCGCUGAGCUGUCGCAGUCGCUGGCAGCCCGCACGGUUGCUGCGGCAGGUGGGCUCACCGAGCCGCAGCUUGUGUUUGACGAUGAUGAGAAGGAUCUGUUUGACUCUUUCGACUCUAGCUCGAGCAGCAGCCGCAACAGUAGCAGCAGCAGUAGCCAUGGUAGUGGCCGCAACAGCCCUGUGGUGGCGGGAACGAGCGAACUGGAAGUCAUCUUUGACGACGACGAGAACGCGUUAUUUGCUUCGAUCAACUCGGACUCAACAUCGUCUUCGGGCUCGGGCUCAGGCUCGGGCUCGAGAUCGGGCUCUGAGGCUGGUGAACCGCUCAGCGAUGAGCGGCCGGAACCGCAGACCUCGCCAGUGCCCGAGCCUGAUCUGGUAUUUGACGGAGAAGUGGCCGAGGCCGAGGCGGUUGCGGCCAAGGACGGUGCGAUCCGUUGGAAGCGCGGACGGCUCCUUGGAAUGGGCGCGUUUGGUAAGGUCUACAUUGGCAUCGACCUCGACCGGCACCAGCCGAUGGCGGUCAAGGUUGUCGAGUUUGUGCCGCCACCCCACCCGCGUGGUGAGAAGGCCGACGGCGAGCUGCCGGCGACGAUGCUGCGAGAAAUGACCGAGGCCGAGCGUGAGAUCGAGCUGUUGAAGAGCUUGCGGCACGACAACAUUGUGCGGUACAUCGGGGCGAGCAAGGUGGUAGACAGCGCAGGAACCCAUGCGCUGCAUAUUUUUCUCGAGUUUGUUGGCUGCGGCUCGCUGGCGACGCUCCUUGCGCACCAUCGCAACGCCGACGGCUCGGCCGGUCUCGACGAGGCGACGAGCCGAGCGUACAUGUACCAGAUUCUGGAGGGCCUGUUGCAUCUGCACGAUCACAAGGUCAUCCACCGCGACAUCAAGGCCGGCAACGUGCUCAUUUCCAAGCAGCCGAGCUUCCCUGCGCUGCACACGAUGAAGAUUGCCGACUUUGGGGCGUCGACCACGUUUUCGACGGUGGCACCGGUUCACGGGCACACGCUUGCGGGCACGCCCAACUUUAUGGCGCCCGAGGUGAUCCGGCAAGAGGGCCACAGCCUCAAGGCCGACAUUUGGUCGGUCGGCUGCCUGGUCAUUGAGAUGCUGACCGGCCUCCCGCCGUGGCCCAAGUCGGAGCCGAUGGCAGUGCUAUUCUCGGUGGCCCAGCACAAGCGGACGCCACCGCUGCCCAAUGGCAUCUCAGCCGCACUGGGAGAUUUCCUCGCCCGGUGCUUUGCCCACAACCCGGCGCAGCGACCAUCGGCCGCAGCCCUGCUGCGGCACGCCUGGUUCGACGGCAUCGCUCAGCUUCCGGCAGACUCGCUCGAUGCCACGGUUGUCGCCGCCAUUGACAUCGACGACAUCGCCGCCGAGAUCGACGAGCUCAUGGCGGCGUCGCAUGCCGCGCGGCCGAACGCCAAAGUCUCGUUCUCGUUUGCGAGCCACGCCAAGGCCUCGACUCGCAUCAACGCCCACGACGAGAAGCCGCUAUCAGCCACCAAAAGCCUGGCUGAGCGCUACGCCGAGCUCCUGGCCAGCGGUGACGAUGACGCCCUGGCCGAGUUCGAGGCUGAGAUGGAGGCGUCGGCUGCGCCGACCCGCACCGCCUCGGGCCGCCUUCGCCGCGACUAG